UCGCCGUGCACAGCAAGCCGCGGAGGCGCCACCGCGGUUCGAAGCGACGAGCAGCCGCCCCAAGGGCGAACGCCGGGCGGGGGCUCUACUUGAGGUACGGCCGGGGCGGGGGACGAGGGGUCUCCGCGGCCACAGCCGCCGCCGCCUUCCGGAGCGAGAGGUGAGGGGACGGAGCGCUCCCGCCAGCCCCGGGCCGCAGAGGCGUGUUGCGGUUGCUGCUGUCGGUACCGCGGAGGGAGCCAGGUACGAGACGCGAGGGCUCCAGCAGCGCCGGGCCAGCUCCGCACGGCUUUCGCGACGGGGCUCCGCGGCGCCUCUGCCCACGCCCCGCGCGGGGAAGGGCGGUCCCGCCGGACGGGAAGCGGGCGCGCUGCCGGCUCUGUGCGAGCGCGGUGAACCUGCCGGCGCCCUAGUGCAGGUCAGGCAGCGGCGCCUGCUCGGCGCCCUUUGACUGGCAGCGCUCGCGGGAGAGGCGCGACAGAUUCGGGAUUUUAUUUCCACUCAAGAAAUAGGAGGAUGGUGAUCAGCUGUAGCAUUAUUUUUCACUAGUGGAGUUAACCGCUUAACGGUAAGUUAAAGGUACCUAUUAAUUGUCCAAACCAGAUUUUCUGAGUCUCUGUCUGAAUUCGUACUAAGGGUGGAGGUUAACUUUAGAUUUGAAGAAUACAAAACUCCUCCAAAGCAUAGUGUGUGUUGUGACUUAAUCUGGGCACGCAGCUCAAGGCUCACCCUUCCCUUGCAGUGGGAUGGGGAUAGAAUCAGAAAGGCAGACGUGGGAAAUCCUGUGGGUUUCCCCUGAGAUAAAGACAGGGUAAAGGGUAAAGCAAAGCAGCAUGUAAAACAGAAUGUGUAAUCUCUCCAUUGUGUCCUCUUAGCAGGCACGUUUCUAGCCAUUUCCAGGAAAGCAGGACUUCAUCCGGUUUAGCAGUGACUCGGGAAGCCCUAUGCCGUCAUGUCGUGUGUUUCCCCCUUUCUCCUUCUUUCCCCAGCUUAGAUGGUGGAGCAUGGCAUCAUACGCUGUGGAAUAGGCCUUUGGUUGGUUGGUUCAGAAGUCCCAGCUGUGUUCCAUGCAAACUUCUUGUGCCACCCAACUCCUGGGACAGGAGCCACAGGAGAAGCAGAGAUGGCCUUGACUCUGCAUAAGGCAGCAUAAAGUACAGCGAAAUUUGCAUCGACAUUUAGACACGUUCAAAAUGUUGUGUGCUGGGAAAAAAUCUUACUUUGCUGCUGCUGUGUGCAUUAUGACUGUAACUUCAAUGCUUGCAGUUUCUUAUCUGAAGUUACAGAGACUUUCUCAUCAGCCAAAAGUAAUUCAAGAAGGUAGAAGAUGUAGAGGGAAAAUUGCCAUUAGCACAAUAACAGCAUUAGAAGGUAACAAAACUUUUAUUAUAUCCCCAUACUUUGAUGACAGAGAAAGCAAAGUCACUCGUCUGAUUGGGAUUGUUCACCAUGAAGAUGUAAAACAACUGUACUGCUGGUUCUGCUGUCAGGCCAAUGGAAAGAUAUAUGUAUCAAAAGCAAAAAUUGAUGUUCACUCAGACAGAUUUGGAUUCCCUUAUGGUGCAACAGAUAUAGUUUGUUUGGAACCUAAAAACUGUGAUCCAACACAUGUGUCAAUUCAUCAGUCUCCAUAUGGAAAUAUUGACCAGCUGCCGAGGUUUGAAAUUAAAAAUCGCAAGCCUGAGACCUUUUCUGUUGACUUCACUGUGUGCAUUUCUGCCAUGUUUGGAAACUACAACAAUGUCUUGCAGUUUAUACAGAGUAUGGAAAUGUAUAAGAUUCUUGGAGUACAGAAAGUGGUGAUCUAUAAGAACAACUGCAGCCAUCUGAUGGAGAAAGUCUUGAAGUUUUAUAUAGAAGAAGGAACUGUUGAGGUAAUUCCCUGGCCAAUAAACUCACACCUCAGGGUUUCUUCUGAUUGGCGCUACAUGCAAGACGGGACACACAUUGGCUACUAUGGACAAAUCACGGCUCUAAAUGACUGUAUAUACCGUAACAUGGAAAAGAGCAAGUUUGUGGUCCUUAAUGAUGCUGAUGAAAUAAUUCUUCCCCUUAAGCACCCAGACUGGAAAACAAUGAUGAACAGUCUUCAGGAGCAAAACCCAGGGACUAGUGUUUUCCUCUUUGAGAACCAUAUCUUCCCAGAAACUGUAUCUUCUCGCAUGUUCAACAUUUCAUCUUGGAAUACUGUGCCAGGUGUUAACAUAUUACAGCAUGUAUACAGAGAGCCUGAUAGGAAAGAUGUAAUCAAUCCCAGGAAAAUGAUAGUUGAUCCACGAAAGGUGAUUCAGACUUCAGUCCAUUCUGUCCUACGUGCUUAUGGGAAGAGUGUGAAUGUUCCCAUGGAUGUUGCCCUCAUUUAUCACUGUCGGAAGGCCCUUCAAGGAAACCUUCCCAGAGAAUCUCUCAUCAGGGACACAACACUGUGGAGAUAUAACUCAUCAUUAAUCAUGAAUGUUAACAAGGUUCUAUCUCAAACCAUGCUGCAAACUCAAAAUUGAAAACUCAGUUAUAAGGAGUGAAAGUGGAGGGCUACCUGUAUUGUGGGAAGACAGAUAAAAUUUAAAAAUUACAUGACAUUGAUUUUCACAGGGAGUCUACAUUUUUCUGCAGUUAUUUAGGGAAUCUAGCAAAGCCAUGAAUCAUUUAAUGAUACCAAGGGUCAAUGCAGAUUGCAGUAUCACUUCUGUGAAAUGUACAGUUUGUUUUCAGUUAAUAAUAAAAAUCAGUAUUUGUCAAGUGAUUCAAAUAAUGCAAUACCUUUCUGUAUUUGUACAGAAAGUACAAAUACAAUCACUAGUAUUAAAGGUAGCAUUGCUUAAUUCUUGCAGUUUGUAUGUCACUGGGUACUAAAUUUGUAUGCAUCAAUUUGAGUAAAAAGUAGACAAGUAAUUGAGUACAAUUUUCCUUUCAGUUGUAAAAAAACUACCCCUUAUAUUCUUGGAAAUAGUGUAUGUUAAAGAUGUGAUGGAUUGUAACACCAAACACAGCAGUUGGAGUUUUGCUCAUAAAAAAUGUCUUGUUCUACUGGGCUUUGGAGACAUGUAAUUUUGAGAAGAGUGAUUGCACCUGUUCUGAAUUACUAAAGUGGUAAGUGCUGAGUUGCGUUGGAAAUCUUUAAUAGAGGAAAGGGACAGAGAUUCAUCUUAACGAAAAAGAUACUUUUAUGAACCAAAAAGAACGUAUUUCAAGGAGGAAAAAAUAGAUGGCCAAACAACUUUUAUGAAAUGUAAUAUUUUGUUGGUUUUUUUUUUCUGGCACCUUGAAGCCUCAUUAGAAAAUGUUACAUGAAAUUUAGACACAAGUUGGAUUUUAGUCCUUUAUGUGAUAGGUAAGUUGAUUUAUAUUACUUCUUAGUAGGUGUAAGGGUAUAGAAGCUGCAUUUUUUUUCCAGCCUCUGUCUGGAAAUAGUGCUAAGUAGUGACUUUUGCUGAAGGGCUAGGUGGAAACCAAAGCAAACAGAAAAGCCAUUUGCUCACUUCUGUUUCACAGUUUCAGUUUCACAGUUUCAGUUUCUGUUUGAUAAGCCCCCAGAACUACAUGCAUUGCAUGUGUUGUGGCAAUGUACUCAUACCUUCCUACUGAAGGCACUUCUGAAGGCAGCGAUAGCCUGACACUGGUGUCAGAGAGAGAGAAGUGUAUGAGAGCAAGUAUGUUCUUUAAAAUUUCUACAUUAGUUUGUUUCAUGCUGUCAUUCCUUUAUCUGCUUGGUAGUGGCACAUACCUGUGCCCUUAAAGAGCUGUGUUAUUAGUGGAAUAGUAUCAUUAGCAAUGUCCAAAGGGAACUUUUACUUCGAUGCACAGUGACUGCAGCAUCUCCCAGUCUUUAUCAACAAACUGGCAGGUGUAUUAGGAUAUGAGAUGCCUGCUGCUAUCAGUCUUACAAUCUUGUGUGGCAACAGGUCCAUUUAGAAUUUCGGACUCGUUGUUUAGAAGGGGCAUCUGAAAGUCCCAACUCCGCUUACAGGGAGUUGCUCAGGGCUUUGUCUAGGAAGGCUAGGCAACCUGUUUUGGUCUUAAACUAAACUCACUGUGGAGAAUUCCUCUUGUCACAAGAACCAUUGACCAUUGUCUUGCUGCAAGAUGCCAAAAUCAGUCUGACACAGUUUUCUUUAUAGUUUACUAGUUAGCUGGAGACAAUAGCGGUGCCUCCCCAUCCCAUGCCCACCACUUUCCCAUCUAGAGGGCUCAGCUUAGGUCUGUUUCUCAGCCAUCUUGCACUCCACCACUGUAUAAUCAACGUCACUAAAAGAAGUAGUUAACCAAGUUUUUCUAAUUUGCUGAUUUGGAAACAAGGACAUUUGUGGCUGGCACGCCUCAAUUUAAUCUUUCAAAGUUAACGCAGUGCUGCAUAGGUGGUUCCUUCAGAAGCACACGUCAUAAUGAUACUGUUAUGUUACUCCCACAGUAAGAAUGAUGAGAACUGGGUUUCAAGACAAAUUAUUGAAGUUAAGUUACUGAAAACAUUCUUUCUCACAGAAGCUUUCUUCACUUAGGAGUGAGAUAACAAAAGCUCACUUUUGUGAGCUCAUCAUUUAUGCCCCACACAGUGCAGCUUGAAUUAAGAGUUGUGAAUUUGGCUUCCGGUUGAUAAAAUCCUUGAGAACAGACAACAUUUUUCAAUGUAAAUUGAUGUGAGUAAAGGUGGAAAAACUGACUGCUUAGGAGUCUG